UUUUUUUUUUUUGAGGAUCUAAUUUCUCUCUUUAGUUGAAAAAAAAGUUAAGCUAUCUGCUAGCACAUGUAUGUUUGUUGCUAACUAACAUUGUUAAUUUGUCCACUAGCUCGAAACAGAAGCCAAGUCAUCUAAUAUGUUUAACAUAUAUGGUAGGAUUGCACCUACUAAUCAGAUUGAGCGCAAAGAUGGCGAAAUUAAACUAUUUCUGUGACGCCAAAAUUAAAGGCCUGCGUGCAGGAUUUAGGAAAUAGAGCACUAGAGAAGACAAGUCGCAAACCAACACGGUAUCUUUGUUUGGUCCUAAUUAACUAGUGCGCGUAACCAUAAAAUACAUCUGCAAUUUAAUUUGUGUGGAUGGGCCUCAUUUGAUUUUUGUGGAAACGAAGCUGCAUGGAUUCCAUCAGGGCCUGCUUUACUCAGUUUUAAAAUUCAUUUUUGUACGGAGAUUUCGCAUGGAUUCCGGACGUGCUUUACUUAAAAUCGUGCUGCCGUGCCUACUCUGAAGAAAUAAUGUUUUCAAGUCGGGAAUCAGAGGCACUAUCCGCGGCAAUUCAAUGAACUUCUAAGCAGCCUUCGGUUAAUCAUUUUAUAAUAACGAAUCAACUUUGCAAAUAAAAAGUAAAAUGGAGGACCCAUUCCCUUGGCACUUAGCAGCCAGAAAAGAGAGAAAUGGAAAAAGGAAAGGAGAUAUAUAUAAAAAAGGACAAACGAAUAAGCCAGUGGUACAUGUAAUUUUGAUAAACAGAAGGGCCUCAAAUGCUAAUAGCUCCACCAUAGUAUUUAGUGUACGUAUUUAUCUGCCCCUUGUGUUGUGUCCCCGCCUUGCCCACACUCGGCUACCAUCUAGCCAGCUACCAGCCUCCUCUCUCGUGCCCAUGACGACCCGGACGCAACCACCACUGCCGACGCGGCCGGCUCAGGCUCACCGGCGCCAACGCGCGGCCUCCCACUCGUCCUCGUCGUCCUCGUCGUCGUCUUUCUCCACGGCCUCCUCCACCGCCUCCUCGCCGUCGCCUUCCCCGCGCACCACCUCCAUCCCCUUCUCCUGGGAGCACCACCCGGGCAUCCCCAAGAGCCACUCCUUCCUCCGCGGCGCCGCGGACCCUGCUGCCUCCCCGUCCGCGCCGCUCCCGCUCCCGCCGCCGAUCCGUGCGCCGCCCUCCCGACGCCGCGCCAACCGAUCGGCGCCGGGCGCUCCCGGCGCCGCCGCCGCCGACCCCUUCGCCGCCGCGCUGGCAGAGUGCACCAGGGAGCGCACCAACGCCAUCGACAUCGACGCGCUGUUUCCUCCUAAGCCGGCGUCGGCCGUCCGCGCCGGGCCGCGGCGGUGGUCCAUCGCCACUGGCGGGGUGGUAGGAUUACUGGACCUGUACGGCUGCAAGAACGCCAUGGGCGUCGCCGAGGGCGCCUUCGUCGUACGCCGGCCGGUGGUGGCCGUCGGGCGGGCGGGCCAGGGCCGUGCUGGCCGGCCCGGCAAGAGAUAAGGGCCCUUCCGAAUUCUGAGAUCCAUCAACUGUGUGGGCUCAACCAGGUACAUAAAUAAUGGAUGUGUGCAGCGAGCGAGUGGUGGGAAAAUAUCGAAAAGAAAUCUCACCUUUUCUUUUCGUUUCUUUUUAUUUUCUUUUGGUUGUACUUUGAUGGUAUUCUCAAUUCUACUUAGUGGAUGUGAUUCAUACAUAUAAUUGAGAAAAAGUGAUAUAUCAACCGAUAUAUCUUAUAUGGCUCUUUGUAUAUAUAUGUAAAUAAUGCAUGUGUCUUACUACCAUGUUUAAAUAGUCAAGCUUUUGCCAAAUUUUCGAAAUUAUGCUGUACGAAAACAUGAUGCUUUUGAGUAAUAUAUCUAUUUUUGGUAUA